CCCCAUCUCCAGUCCCGUCCCGUUCUGUCCUGUCCUGCCCAUAAACACUAUCUUUCUAUGCUCGCACCUUCUCACAGUUCACACAAACUGCAUCUCCUCGUUCAUUCCCGACAAUGGCGACGGUGCAAGGCUUGCUUUCUCCGACGGCCUCUCUCGUCUGUCACUGCUCCCCGUCGGCGUCUCCCCCGCAAUCGCCAUCGAAUUUCGUCCCUUUUAUCAGCUCCCCGGCGCUCGGUGGGAAGAUUUUCGGCUGCCGGAGACUCAUGAGGAGGCGUUCGCCUGUGGCCAUGGUCCAGCAGGCUGUGCAGGGAGCUCCGGCGACCUACGCCAAGGAGAUGGAGCGGCUCUCCGCCAAGGAAUCUCUCCUUCUAGCUUUCAAAGACUCUGGAGGAUUUGAGGCAUUAGUCACUGGGAAGACUACGGAUGUGCAGCGGAUUGACGUGAAUGAGAGGAUUAUUGGCCUUGAGAGGCUUAGUCCGGCCCCAAGACCAACGACGUCCCCCUUUUUGGAAGGCCGAUGGAACUUUGAAUGGUUUGGCUUUGGAAGCCCCGGACUUCUCGCUGCAAGAUUGAUUUUAGCGAGGUUUCCCACAACCUUGGCUAACUUAACAAAAAUGGAUGUCUUGAUCAAAGAUGGGUAUGCUAAUAUCACAGCUAACAUCAAGCUAUUGAACUCGAUAGAAAACAAAUUAAGUUUGUUAACCAAGUUAUCGGUGGAGGGGCCAAUGCGCAUGAAGGAAGAGUAUGUUGAAGGAACUUUUGAGACACCCACAGUUAUAGAAGAAACAGUUCCAGACCAGCUAAAAGGUGCCCUGGGCCAGGCAGCUAGCUCGGUGCAGCAACUUCCUCUUCCUAUCAGAGAUGCCAUUAGCAGUGGGUUGAAAAUUCCCCUAACCGGGACUUUCCAGAGGCUUUUCAUGAUCUCUUAUCUUGAUGAAGAGAUAAUGAUUAUAAGGAGCACAGAUGGAGUAGCAGAGGUUCUAACAAGGUUGGAUGUGCCCCCAACCAUGGUAGAUUCCAUGUCAGAGUACGAGAGCUAGAACUUGUAAUCCAUACAUACAAAUAAUAAAGAAAUUUUUCGACUCGUAAUUCUAAUAAAGAUGUUCACGGCACACUUUUUUCUUUUCUCUCAGCUGAAUCAACAAGUCUAUUACGAAGU